CCCAACUACAUCGUGGGGCUUUCGCUUUCGUUUCCUCCCGCUCGACCAUCUCUGAAUUCUGUAGGAAAACGGAGAGAAUUCACACUCGCCAAUCUGCGGUGGAUCAAGAGGAGGAAGAAGGAGGGUAUUUGGAAGAAAUAGGGAGAAAUGGUGACGUCGCCGGUGGUGAAUACGUAUCCUCUGUCGAGCUACACUUUCGGCACCAAAGAGCCGAAGAUGGAGAAAGAUACCUCCGUCGCCGAUCGCCUUGCCCGUAUGAAAGUCAACUACAUGAAGGAAGGCAUGAGGACUAGCGUCGAGGGUAUUUUAUUGGUACAAGAGCAUAAUCAUCCCCAUAUUCUUCUUUUGCAAAUUGGAAAUACUUUCUGUAAACUUCCUGGUGGUAGAUUAAAGCCAGGAGAGAAUGAAAUUGAAGGCUUGAAAAGAAAACUCUCUAGCAAACUUGCUGCAAAUUCGCCUUCCCUGCAGCCAGAUUGGCAGAUUGGUGAGUGUGUAGCAAUCUGGUGGAGACCAAACUUUGAAACAAUCAUGUAUCCUUAUUGCCCGCCACACAUAACAAAGCCUAAGGAGUGCAAGAAACUUUUCCUUGUUCACCUGUCUGAAAGAGAGUAUUUUGCUGUGCCCAAGAACUUGAAACUCCUUGCUGUUCCAUUGUUUGAACUAUAUGACAAUGUUCAGAGAUAUGGACCUGUUAUAUCUACCAUCCCGCAGCAGUUAUCUCGGUUUCAGUUCAACAUGAUCCAUCCAUAGAUCAGUUUGGGGCUCUGUAGAAUUCAGACAGGAGACAGAAUGCGACUGAUGAUCCUGAAUUGUUUAGUCUGCCAGGUUGCAGGUUUUCAGUGGAAAAAAUUCACACUCUGCUUCAUAUCUCGAUACAUUCGGAGACUGUUCUAACUUUCAACUUGUUAUAUAUUUCGACCUAGUUGAUCAUCCGAUAUGAGUUGGGUCCUUGGUGUAGCUUUUGUCUUAUUCGACUACUUGUGUUCUUGUGUUAUUAAGAAGUUGUUUUAUGUUUUUCAACUUUUUUCUGUUUUAAUACUUAAUGGUGUAAUUGAGUUGUUAAGGAGACAAAUUAGAUGAAGAACCACGAUUCUCAGUGAAAGCUGUAUGGUAUGCGAUGUAAGCAUUAAGAGUUGUUUUAGGUGUGGAGUCAUACCAUUUAGCUACUGUCCUAGGGCAAACUGUUAGCCGCAUGUACGUGUAAUACUUAGUCAGACUAGCUGAUGAAUAUGAUUUUUCAUGUCAAGAGAGGAUUUCUCUCUUUCUUUUUGUUCA